UACCCAGAGAGUGUCAUCACAAAUUACCAGGAGAAGGCUCUCCGACGCUCACUGUCUCUUCUGCUUUUGGCAGGAGCUAACGCGCUGCACGCCAGCCACCGCCACCACCUCCACCUCCACCAGAGCUCUGCUGUAGCCUACCAGCCUUCUCUCUCUCUGUCUCUCUCUCUCUCUCUCUGUCUCUCGCACUCUCUGUCUCUCUCUCUCUCACUCUCUCAUCUGCUCUCUCUCUCUCUCUCUCUCUCUCUGCUUCCUCUCAGCACACCCCUCUAUCUUCUCCAGCUGUACCAUCACCUUGUCUUUUUCAAUUUCAUUUCUUGGCGGCAAAAAAAAAGAUUGGAUCUAUAAUUUUUCUUUUAAUCGCAGACUUUUAAAACUCCAGAAUCAGUCUCUGAAAGCGACGAUAGUUUAAAAAAAUUAUAUCUAUCCAUUUCUUUGCUUUUUAAUAUAUAUUUUUUCUCUAAUGGCAAGACUUGCUCAUUGUGGUCUAACUGAGACGUGAUGCUUCAGGAUUUAAGUGCGAGUGUCCUCUUUCCAUCGUGUCUGCAGCACCGAAGUUUUGCUCAAGUUCCCGACAAUGACGAGCAGUUCGUUCCAGACUUCCAGACUGAAAACUUGGCUUUCCACGGACUGCAGCUGAAGAUCAAGAGGGAGCUGCACAGCCCGUGUUCAGAGCUGAGCUCCAACUGUAGUCAGGAACGGCCCUUCAAACUCCAGUAUGGAGAGAAGUGCCCGUACAACGUCAGUGCCUAUGAGCAGAAGCAGCCUGCAGGAAUGAAGCCCUCCAGCCCAGUGACGCCCCCCUGUAGCACCCCUGUGUCCCCCCUCCAUCAUGCCUCACCCACGACGGCCCCAACGCCCAAACCAGACAGGACCUACGCCCACAUACCGACAUCACAGCCGCUCCCUGACAACGCCUACUCCAUGGACCACAGAUUUCGACGUCAGCUCUCAGAGCCGUGCCACUCGUUCCCCUCCCCGCCGACGAUGGCUCGGGACAGCCGGCCCAUCUACCACAGGCAGAUGUCAGAGCCCAACAUCCCCUUCCCUCCUCAAGGCUUCAAGCAGGAGUAUCCCGACCCCCUGUUCGAACAUCCGGCCAUAAUGGGGGCGCCGCUACCCCACACAUACCCCGCCACCAUGAUGAUCAAACAGGAGCCGCGGGACUUCACCUACGACUCAGCUGAAGUGCCUAGCUGCCAUUCUGUCUACUUACGGCAAGACGGCUAUCUGGCUCACGCUAACAGGACUGAAGGUUGUAUGUUUGACAAAGUGGCGAGGCAUUUCUACGACGAUACCUGCGUUGUGCCCGAAAAGGUUGAAGGUGACAUCAAGCAGGAGUCAGGCCUGUACCGCGAGGGCCCGUCGUACCAGCGCAGAGGCUCGCUGCAGCUCUGGCAGUUCCUGGUGGCUCUGCUGGACGACCCGUCCAACUCACACUUCAUCGCCUGGACCGGCCGCGGCAUGGAGUUCAAACUCAUCGAGCCAGAGGAGGUGGCACGUCGGUGGGGGAUACAGAAGAAUCGACCGGCGAUGAAUUACGACAAGCUAAGCCGAUCGUUGCGCUACUACUACGAGAAGGGAAUCAUGCAAAAGGUGGCCGGCGAGAGAUACGUCUACAAGUUUGUGUGCGACCCCGAGGCCUUGUUCUCCAUGGCGUUUCCCGACAAUCAGCGGCCGGUGCUGAAGACAGACAUGGAGCGGCAGAUCAACGAGGAGGACACAGUGCCGCUGUCGCACUUUGACGAAAACAUGGCCUACGUACAGGAGGGGCCCUACUGCCCGCCGCACCCCUACAGCGAGGGUUACGUUUAUUAACGUCAGCCCACUCUUAACACACACACACCUACACUCUACCCUCCCCCACCUCCUCCGUCCAUACACCUGAGACUGUCAUGUCCUCUAAUUCACAGUCGCUCCAGGAAUAAGACUGAACACACAAAUGCAGCGGAGCUUCCCUUCUCUCUCUCUCACAGAAACACACACACACACACACACACACACACACACACACACACAUCCUCCUUUUUUUCUGACGUUCAAGCCGCACAGCAGGAUGGAGAGUGCACUUUAUGGACAGGAAGCUCGGUGUUAACCUGCCAGAGGCUAGCUAUGUGGUUGGCUUUUUACCGUUGUUUAUGUUUGUACAUUAAUGUGGGAAUCAUUCUGUUUGAUUUUUUUUUUUUUAUUAUGAUUUUGAGCAUGUGGCGCUCUGGUGAGACAGGACUCAACAGGCCAUCUCAUGGUUCACCCAAGGACUGAAUCUCAGACUUCCUGCAACAGAAACUUGUCUACACACGUGCAGAGAAUCGGAGGAUGAUCACUUCUGUUCAACUUGUCCUUUAGUCUGUCCUCAAACAGCCAUCCUGUACUUCAUGCUCAGUUAAAGUGAAUACUGGCAGCGUAUUGUGACGAUGCUUUUAUGGUGAAGUGACAUGAGUAUAGACUUGAAAAAGUAAUGUGAUAAUACAAGAGACAUUUAGUUACCAUCAGUGAGAACUGCUUCACUGUCAGUUUGAUCACAACAGCUCUCGUCUGUCAAUGAUCUCUGCCCCUCGUCCAAUCAGACUGUAGAUCUCAUCAUGUAGGUGUUUUUGCUGUAAUUAUAUAUAAACCCCUGGAGCGUUCUCUCAACGGCUGAAAUCCUUGUGGGUUAGUAAAGUAAAGACACCUCGAAUUGUGCUGAUGAAAAUACGGCCUGUGUUUAGGAUAAUCAAUAAAGCUACAGGCCGCUGUAAAAUAACUCAUUCACUGUAAACAGCAGUUUUCCUUUUUUUUUUAUUAUUCUGAAACACAUCAAAGCAGCAGUCAUUCAACGAAUAACAGGUGGAAGUGUAUGUACAGUUAAAGUGGACACAUCAACCAAUUAACACAUUCAGGAUAUUAUUUGCAUCCCCAAAAUAAAAAAAAUAAAGAUUUUAUUGGCUUAAAAGAAAUAAAAAAAUAAAAAUAAAGUCAAAUACUUCCCUGAUUUUUUUCUUCUUCUCUGUUUUGUUCCAGGUGAACAUGAGGUGUACAUUUUUGAAUUGCCAUUGAUAGGGUUGCUUUUUUUGGUAAAAGAAAAACAUAAGAAAUAUUAAGAGUUUUAUAAUGUGAUGAAAAAAAAAUUCAUGUUAUAAAUAAAUAAUGUUUUCAUUGUAUAAUCAGGUUAAUGCACAUUUUGUUGCUGCUUCAAAUUGUAAGUGUAUUUUCUAGUCUCAAGGGGGGAAAAAAAGAAAAGAAGAACGGCAGUUCUGACCUGCUAUUCUGGAUUUCUCUUUGUUUUUUAUUUUGUUUUGUUUUUGUUCAAUUUGAGCAUUAAAAAGAAUCUGGUCUGAG